CAUGAUGCCGUGCUGCACAUUAAGGAUCUUAUCAACCAAAUCGUCAAUGAGAUUUUGGAUCAGAAAUCCGUUAGUGUGGUUGAAAUGGAUAAAGCUGCUCGAAAACUAUUCCCAGUUUCAUGUCACUGGAUUACUAAGGAUGCUUGGGAUGCCAUGUACAAUCAUACAAUAAGUAGUAGGAAAUUUCAUGCGGGAAGAUUUGGAGCUUCCCGAUUACCUCAUGAACUGCACCACAAAAUGUCUUCAAUCAUAAAAGACAAUCUUGGCCGUGAAAAGGACAAGAAAGACCGAGAGAAGGACAAGGAAAUAGAUAAAAUGUCCUACUACCUUAUUGCCAUCUGUGAAGGCAUCUCUGAGGAUAUAAUGAAAUGGACAGGAAAUUAUGUGAAAAAUAUCAAGAACUCCGAUUUGAAAAUAAAUUUAGCGAAUCUGAAGAUUGCCCUUAGCGCGGAUAAGGCUCUUAUGCAAUUAUCGAAUUCGUUACGAAAUGACGACGAUGAUCAAUCGCCUGGUGGAUUUUUGUCAAAUUUCUAUGAAUUUGAUUUAGACGAGUCUGAUGAGGAAAAAGAGCAAAAUACUACAUAUGAGUCCGUAAGUAUCACUCAUUUUCCAGCACUUCACUUGGAAAAAAAACUUAAGUAA